ACCUGAGAGACCAGCAGCGUUCAGAUUAUUGAGGUCAGAUUACAGUCCUCUCCAGACAUCUGUCUCCCUGCAGCCCUCCCUCCUCGGUGCGGCUAAACCCGACGGGCCGCGGCCCACUUAAUACCGAUGAGCCUCCUGUCAUGUGUCGACGCCUGUGAUAGUGAGGGACAAAUAAAUUAAAUUAGACUGGUGCAAAGUGAUUUGGGAGACGCACACAACACAAUAAAACGCAGCUCAAUGAAACGGGGUCGGACGUUUGUUUUAAGUUUGAGUAGAUCUAAAAAGUUUGAUUAUACACAAAGUAGAAUGUUGCUAUAAAUAUCUUAUUUACUGUGUGUCGCAUGUCACUUAACGUAAGUGUUACGUGAGGCAGAUUAAGGUAAGAGGCUUGUUCCCAUGCUGCCCGUGGCCACGUCCUGCCCUCAGAGACCUACUUCAUACCGUUCCCAGCAAUAUGGACGCCCGUCGUGUUGCACUACGAUUCAUUCUGGCAUUUCACCUCAUCGCCUCUGCAUCAUCAACGUGUGUGAUUGGCUGCUCCUGCACAGAUGAUAACUUGGGAAGAUCUUUACUAUGCACAGAGGCGAGCAUGGAACAUAUCCCAGAGGACAUGCCACAUGACUUUAGUAAAGUCCGGAUUGAGAAAUGCCACCUGACUGAGUUACCACCAGGGUCCUUAUCCAGACUCGGUGCCUUAGAGUUUCUCUGGUUGAACUUCAAUGAGAUCAGAGUGAUGAACAUGGAAAGUCUGAAGGGCUUGGCCAACCUGACAGAGCUACGACUGCAGGGGAACAGGCUCACUUCAGUACCAUGGACAGCGUUUCAGGACACACCGAGACUUAAGAUUCUGGACCUGAAGCACAACAGCCUGGAUGCUCUACCUGAAGACGCUCUGAGUUACUUACCUGCCCUGACCUACCUAGAUUUAUCCUUCAAUCGGCUAAGUGUCAUAUCUAGAGACGUCUUCAUUCAUUGGCCUCUGUACCAAGCAGCUGAGAAAGCGUGGGGGAAAGAAGGGCUGGUCUCCAACGUGGUUUUAGCACUGCAUGACAACCCCUGGUUGUGCGACUGUCACCUCAAAGGCUUUGUUGACUUCGUGAGGACAGUCAGCCCACCCAUCAUUCUCAUGAGCUCCUAUUUAAUGUGCUCAGGGCCUGUCUCUAAAGCUGGAAAGUUCUUCCACGACACCCAGUUAAAAACCUGCAUGAAGCCACAGACUUCAGCCCCCGAGACCAACGUCACUUUACCACUAGGAGCAAAGGCAACACUCGCAUGCUCGAUAAAGGCCAGACCAAGAGCAACGAUUCAGUGGAUCCACAAUCAACAAAUCAUGGGAGCAUUUGCGGCAAUAGAGACGCACAUAGAUGACGACAGUAGCUCCUCCCAGCUCGUGAUCCCGUCUCUUCAGCCGCCACACCAAGGCCUCUACACCUGCAUUGCCAGCAACUUCAUGGGAAACUCAUCUGUCAACAUUACAGUCAACAUUCCCUCAUCCAGUUACUCCGCCCCCCCACCUCCACCGGUCCCCAUGCGGUCUGACAAUGCUGCCCACAUCGACGUUCGCAUUGCAAAGCAAACAGCUCAUGGCAUCACCCUGGAGUGGACCCUGACGACAGACAACCCAGCAGCAACCUGGCUCACGCUGCACUUUGGCAAAUACGAUUCACCCAGGAAGGAGACCAUCUACGUGGGCCCGGGCAUCAGCAGCCACUCCUUCGCCGACCUGCUCCCCGUCACCAAAUACGAGGCGUGCGUGACCCUGCGGGGCCGCCCGCCAAGGGGCGGCCGCUGCGUCGUCUUCGUGACGGGAAGCAACGCCGGGGAGCUGGAGCAGCGCGCGAGGCUCCUCCACGUCAUAGUCCUCGUGUCCGCCGUGCUGGUGGCCGUACCGGCGGGCGUGUACGCCUGCACCACGGGGGCCAGGAUCAGCUGCGUGGAGCAGUGCGCGGGUCUGUGGAAGGAGCGCCGGCGUCGCAGAGAAGGCGGCGACAGCUUUGACGGCGUCCAAGCAGCCAGCGACGAAGGCCUGUGCAGACACUCCAAGGAGAAAAGGAGGGGGAAGUCUGAGGAAAGGUGCAAAGGAAGCAGCGCAGCUUAUCUGUACUAGAAUGAACACAGCAGAGAUAUGGAAAUAUACCCUGAUCUCAGCCUACUGGCUCAAAAUGAGAAUGCCUUCAUUUGUAUGUGGUUUCAUUUGUUUUGUUGCAUGUUUGAUGAUGGAUGGCGCAUUAAAGGCAAGAUAAAUGCUGAGACAUACUCUGAAUUUUUU